AUGGUAAGUAGAAUUGGAAUGCUUCAAGAAACCAAAUCAUCCCUGGAAAAUGAGAAAGCAGAGCUGCUCAAAGUCCAGAAGGUAUUGAAUGAGAGAAUGAGGGAGCUAGAACAGAAAAAAGAGCAAGAAGCAGCUCAAAUGGCAAGUAGAAUUGAAAUGCUUCAGGAAACCAAAUCAUCCCUGGAAAAUGAGAAAGCAGAGCUGCUCAAAGUCCAGAAGGUAUUGAAUGAGAGAAUGAGGGAGCUAGAACAGAAAAAAGAGCAAGAUGCAGCUCCAAUGGCAAGUACAAUUGGAAUGCUUCAGGAAAUCAACUCCUCCCUAGAAAAUGAGAAAGAAGAGCUGCUAAAAGUCCAGGAGGUAAUGAAAGAAAGAAUCAACAUAUUUGAAAAAAACAAUAGAUGGAUGAAAGAAGUGCUUCACCAUGUGAAAAUCUGCCUGGAGAAUCGGAAGACAGAAUUUCUCCAAAAUGAAGAAGUGUUACAGGAAAGGCAACAUGUGCUUGAAGAAGAAACCAGGCAGCUGAACAAUAAAACUGAGGUGCUGAAGGAGAGACAAGAUAUACUUGGAAAAGAAAACAGAAUAGCAAUAAAAUUAAGGUGCUGGAAGCCUGUAUGAUCAAUCAUAAUUGCAUUAAAAGAAAAUCAGAAUGUGGACUGUACUUCCAAAGCUGGAAAGAAAUUCAUGAAACCAGACAUGCAAACAUAUGGGAAACCGAUGACCAAAAUAAAUUGUCUUAUACAGCUACUGUGGAAUGCACCUGGUCCCAGUGAUUCAUUAAUGCUCCCAUCCUUUUCCUCUAAUCAUUCAUUUCCCUUUAUUCUGCCAACAAUUCUACAUUAAAGCCAUUCUUCACAAGAAAAAAAAAAGUUUUUACUUGAUACCAUUAUGUCUGUAAAAUAAUGCUUUAUGCAUCCCUCUUAUCCCAUUUUAACCCAUGCACUUUUAAAGUUUAACCCAUGAAGAACUGAACAAUCUUAAUGGGCUACCCCUUGAUAUAUGCUGUAGUUUAUAUGAUUUUUAAUAACAUAUUCAAUUGUUUCCACAAUGUAAUAUCUCAAUCCUUAAUACUUUAAUCACAGUAAUACAGGAAGAAAAUUAUUUUCAUGCUAUUUUUUGAUUUACUUGAAGCCCCUUUUGCAGCUUCAAAAAUAUAUAGUAGUGGUAAAAUGCAAAUUUUCCUUUUACAUCCCCUGUAGCUUAUCUGUCUAUUACUGGUUGCAGAGGGUCCCCAUGCUUUGUUACCAGUUUAAGAAAAUAAACUGCAAUUAGGAAAGUGUAUCACUUAGGUAAAGAGUUUCCAGCUUGCCAGCUUCCAAACUGUAAUAGUGAUGAAUAUAUACACUAGAUGACAGUAUUAAUGUUGUGAUGACAUCAGUGCAUAUAUACAGAGCAGCAAUAAUUAGAAAUGUCCAUCAUAGCCAUUUUUCAUACUGCAACAUCUUGGAUUAAUCUGUUCUAGUUUAAUAAAUGGUAAUUCAUUAACGGAUUACUAAUAAAGUGAAUGUAUAAAGAUUUAGAUUUUAUCAAAUUCGACUAUAUUAAUAAUCCUUUUAUUUGGACAAUAAGGGCAGU